AUGUGGAGCACUACGACCUUCACGACACUUUACGACACUUUACGUGCUACUCAUUUAAGAAAACAUAUAGCUACAACAUCUGUUAGUCUCAACCUUGACGGUAAUGAAAUAAGUCAAUUGCAAAAUUUCCUCGGCCAUGAAGAUAAGAUUCACAAAAACUAUUACAGACAGCCCAUCAUCAUGGAUGAUAUCGUCAAAAUGAGCAAAUUACUCGAAAUCGCUCAAGGAGAUUCAACGAAAUCUAAUGCUGAGGAAUGUAAUACAGAAAAAACUAUUAUACACACUACACAAAGACAGAAUAUAUCAGAAAACAAUACAUUCUCUACACCAGAACGCCCAACAAAGAAUUCGAGUACCAAUCAAGAAUCAGAUGAGAAUAGCAAUGGAUCAUGUUAUAAUCCAAUGGAUUUGGAGGAAUCAAAUGGGGACAGUGACGACUCAAGUCACUAUCAGAUCACUAAGAAGCGGAAACGAAGGAGACUUCUAGAUAAACCCAAAGUGAAGAACCCAUGGUCAACUCCAGAGAGAGCAGCUGUCAGAUCGGUGUUCAGAGAAUAUAUUUCAUGCCAAGGUAGAAAUAAUAGUUAUCCAACAAACCAGCAGCCCCAAAAUGCUAUUGACACCACUUCAGCAUUGAAGGACAGGUCCCCUAAAUGA